AUGAGCGAUGGCAGUGAUGCGACCAUGGACGACGAGACUCUCCUCGUUGCACAGGAGGAUGAUCUGCAAGAGACGGAAGAGGCGAAAGAGGAGGCUUUGAUGGCAAAUACAGUUUGUGCGCAAGAUCUGUGCACCAACGUGCAAGAAGUCGAUGGCACGGCGCCAGCUGAACCGUACCGAGAGGCAGUGCCUCUUUCGCCUCGUUCAAUACUCUUGAGGCAGAUUGCGGCCCACACUGCGCCGAUGACUGUGCUAGGCAUCGUUUCUCAGAGCCCGUUCUCUGCCGUAUCCCCUCACGACGUGCUGGAGCAGCUCUUCCUGCAAUCGAUGCCUGGGGAUGAUGUGAAGCAGAUCGUUGGCUUAGACCUUGCUGGCCUGAGCUGCAUUUUCCUGGAGCAGGAGAACGUUCUAGUGUUGUCCAUGUCUUCUUCCCCUUCUCCGUGGGUGUCGAACGAUGAAGACGACCUUCAGGAUUCGCACGCCUUUCAUUCCGGAGGCCUCGGAGAGCUGGAGAACCUGAGCGGGCUCAUGCUUCUGUUCAACCUGUGCCACAGCAUCCUUUGGCUUUGUCCUGGCUCGGCGCCUCGCGUCGAUGCCGCCGCCCUCCGCUCGCUCACGAAGGUGCAGCAACUCCAGGAGGAUCCGACUGUGGCGGGCCGGCUGGACACUGGACACGCUGGAUCUCCUGGUUCGGCCAUGCUCCUCUUCGUCCACACUGAGUUGAAGAUCCCCUUCUCGUGUGGCGGGCACGAGGUGAUUGACAGCAUUGAAAAGGCCCUGGACAGCAGGUGGAGGAGCUGCCUCAAGCGGCUGAAGCUCCUGCAGGACAACAAGAGGAACGGCAUCCUCCGGCUUCUGCGUCCUUGCGCCGUGGCGCUCGGUCCUCUUGCACCCAGUGGCGCGGCCGGAGCGCUGGGUCACGCAAGGGCAGAGGCGGGAUCAAUCGCGGCUGCGGUUGAGGCGGAGCCAAGCCCUUUCAUUGAUCGCUUCAGAUCCAGGAUCGCAGAGCUUCUCGCCUCUGCGCGGCGUGCCGCGACCGGUCCAAGCCGAUGGCUCUCGACGGCGCAGGAGCUUGGAAGCUCCUUGCUUCCAUUCUUGUCCACUGCUGGACAGCUUCCGGAGGACUUGGCAGCAGCAGUGCUUCGGACCGACUCUGAAGUUGUGCCACGUGCAGAAGUCCCUAAACAUCUGAACUGGAGUCUGAGUUCUUGGGCUCACUCUGAGUUGUUUUUCAGCUUCAGCACGGCGCAGGACGCAGUGGAGCAAGCCUGUCGCGCUUUCGCGGUCAAUCUCAAGAGCUCAGAUCUGCAGGAGCAGCAGCUUCGAGCAGAGCAGCUUGUGCAGCAGAAGGCCUACGGUCCCUUUCGUGACUUUGCCCUGAGCGAGACGCGUCGACAUUGCGAGCGUCUUAGUGCUCCCAAGAGGCAGAGCCACGAGCACCUUAAGGAAGAGCAACGAAGCUUCCGCCCGAGUCGGCCAUGCCUUUGUGGCAAGAGCCAGGUGCAGGUCGCAGACGCUGUCGAAGCCCCGAAGGCCCCAAUCAUGGCUAUCCCGCCAUUCGGGCCUUGUUGUCACAACGCCUCGUUCAUGCCGUUCCUUCCGAUCAGUUUUACGGACACCGAGCUCGAACCAGUGUUGAUCCCACCGGCGCCGUGUUUGGGGAAGAUCAAGCCUGGCGGCAUCGUAAUGACAGCUUUGCCAUCUGCACUCCCGGAAGCACAGGGCUUUGUCGCCUUGGUGGCAGAUGCCCCGAUCAACAUCGAUCCUUCGGAAGGUGCUCGGCUACCUGGAUUUGGAGAUCAGUUGACUCAACUUAGCUGCUGGCGCAUACCGGUGGUAACGCCUUCUGCUCCACGUCGUGCAGUCUGCGUUGGCUUCGAGUACUUCUGCCCGCAGGGGCACCGAUUCAUGGCACCGCCGCCGAAGUGCUCUGGAUUGGUUGUUGCCGAUCCGGAGCUAUCCCGACCACGCCGAAGUCGACGCCGCAAGGAUGGAUACCGUGAGGGACAGCCCCCGGCCACUCCCGCUGUGAUGGACGAAAGUGGUGCUGGAGAGCUCGAAGUCGCUCCUCUCUGCCCGUAUCGCCUCUUCCUGCCUUGCGUGCGGCACCGCGAUCGACGUCCCCGAAGCAAAGGCCGAGAAAACAUGACAUCCUGCAUAGCUCAAUUGGGACGCAUCUGGGUAUUUACGCCUCCCGGCUCGUGCGGCUCGCUCACUGCAGCACCCCGCGUAUGUGUUGUCGACCCUGCAGGACCGGCGGGUGUUGACGGCCGGGCUGCAGAGGUGGUCGUGACAGGUGGAAAGGUGGCUCUCCCACCAAACACUUUGGUCCAGUUGGUGCUGCCUUCGACCUACUUCCGUGGCCUGGCUACAGGAAAGCCAGGUUGCCACGUGGGCAACGGACAAACAGCGACCUUCAAGCAAGUCGAGCCGGAUGAUCUCUUCGGAAGCUUGCUGACCAUAGUGGAUUUCAUGCAAAUCGAUCUUGCGGGAAGGUGGAGGAAGCAAAUCCGGUCCUGGCGAUGUGAAGCCCAGCUGCAGCUGGCUGCAGUGACCACUGACAAGGGUAUGCGCGGAGCUGCAGAGGUUCGCCUCAUCUGGCACAUUUUUUCGAAGACGAAAGUUGCUAUUCGAUCCUGGGGGAAGUAUGUUCCGUGGCCUGUCGUGCAAAAUCUUCUUGUCGCCGGAGAGGAGGUUCGGCCCAAGAUUGAAGAGCGAGAGGUGACCCUCUUCUUCUCAGAUAUGGCCUCAUUCACAAGUAUAGUCGAGAAGCUGGAGCCAGAGCAGACACUGCUUUUGCUCAGCCGAUACUUCAACGACAUGUCCGAUGUGAUUGAUAAGUUCGGCGGCAUUGUCAUCGAGUUCAUCGGUGAUGCUAUCUAUGCGGUCUUCGGUGCACCAGUGCGAAACCGGGAGCAUGCAGAGGCAGGUGUAAACGCCAUGCUGAAGAUGCUCAAGACCGUGCAGCGCAUCAACCAGUGGGCAAAGCACCGACUUCUUCCAGAGGUCAGCAUCCGCUGUGGCGUGCAUUCUGGCCCUGUGCAAGUCGGAAAUAUGGGCUUUCACUCGCGGCUCAAGUACGGAGUCAUGGGUUCCGGUGCAGAGAUUCCCUCGAAGUUGGAGGAGAUGAACAAGACCUACGGCACCCAAAAUCUCAUCUCUGAGUCGACCUUCCACAAGCUUCCUCCGGAUGGGUAUGUGAUGAGACCUAUAGACUUUGUGGACAUGUCGCACGGCUCAGCUGAUCCAGAGCCAGUGUACGAGGUCAUGAGCCAAAUCGCGAACAGCAGCUCCCCAAGUGCCAGGUCGUCGAGGCGUGACACACUGGCACGAAAGUAUGAGACUGCCCUAGACAUGUACACGGAGAAGAGGUUCGCCAAGGCUGCAGCGCAGUUCAGAGAGGUUAGCACGAGCAUGGGCCAGACAUUUGGGAUCUACGACAAGCCGUCCGUUCUCAUGAGAAAGCGGGCCGCCUACUACAUGCAGCAUCCUCCACCGGAGGGCUGGAAGGGAGUUUGGACGCGGACCCGGGAACCUGAUGAGACCGAUGGAGUCGAGGAUGAGGUCGUCUAUGUCUGCGUUUGA